AUGUCAGGCCAAACAGGCAAAUGGCGAGAAGAGCAAGUCCUCGUCAUCUGUCCUGGCAGUUCGACAACCAUGGCCCAGCUCGGUUGUGGAGAACUCAGUCCGCCCGCCCACCGUUUUCCGACGCGCAUGUUUAGAGACGAAGAGACGGGUCAAUGGAGGCCCUACCAUACUUAUAAGCAGAAGAAGGCUGCCGCUGUGCCUGCGCCUGUGAAGGAAGAAGACAAGUGGGAAUAUGUCGAGGACCAGGACUCGGACGAGGGGGCUGUUUAUCCUAUCCAGGGCGGCCACAUCGUCGUAAUGGACGCCUUCCUCGCCUUCCUCGAACACGUCCACUCUAGCCUAACCACUACAUACCACAACACGCCCAUAAUGCUCAUGGCCUCUCCGCAAUGGACACGCCCAGACUGCGAAACCUUGGCUCGUUACAUAUUCGAAAAGACCAAGACACCCGCCCUGUGUCUGAUCAACUCCGCCAUCGCGACGCAGUACGGCCUCAAGUGGCCCAACAUGACAGUUGUCGAUAUCGGGUUUGAGAAGGUCGACGUGACGUGUAUCUACGACAGCAGGAUCGUGGCACAUCGGGAUGUUGGGCCGGGGUGGCCAGAGAACAGCGCAGAAGAGGAAAGGGAAAUCAGCGGUGGAGAGGUCUUCACACGGAAACUGCAGCAGCUACUGAAGGAUAAGAUCAACGGGUUCAACCGCGACAUGGCCGAGCAACUAAAGAAGAGUAACAUUUGCGAAGUGCUGCCUUACGCGCCGGACAAGCCGAAGCUGAUGGAUCUCCCUACCGAGGAUGUCCCUGUUGCUGCGGCUCCUACUAUUACUACCGGAGCGGCGGCCGCUGCAGCGGCUUCGGGCACUACGACAGAAGGACCGAAGAUUGUCGAACCGGUUGCUGACGAACCUAUCUACGACGCUGAAGGAAACUUGGUGGAUGAUGAGGGCGUGCUCGAUGUUGCGAAUAUCGUGGCUACAGGUCAGACCAGGGAGUUCUUGGCCAAGAAGGAGAAGGAGAAGCAGGAGAAGGCGAAGAAGAAGGGCAAGGACAAAGAGGCGGAGGCGAAUAGAGUGAUGAGGUUGCCCAACUCUAAGAGGGUGAAGAACGUUUUCCACUUUGAGGAGUACGUUACCGAGGAGGUCCCGAUUGUUCAGCCUGCUCCGCCAGCACCGGCACCAGCACCGGCCGCACAGCCUGUAUUAGCGACGACAGAGGGUGCUAAGGAUGAGCAAAAACCGGACGCCCCUGCUACGGAGGACAAGAAGCCCGAAGAGAAACCAUCCGAACCCGCACCAGAACCCGCCACUGAAGCGCCCCAGCCUGCCGAAGCGCCAAAUGCCCCCGAGCCCGCUGCUGCCCCCGCCCCUCCCACACCAGAAGGCCCCGUCCCCACCGAGCGCCAAACCAAGCGGAUCCGGCGCGACAUCGAAGUCGGCCUCGAGCGCUUCGAGUUCGCCGACCGCGCCGAGAUCGACCGUAUCGUCACCGCCAUCUACAACGCCGUCCAGUCCAUCGACGACAUGUACAUGCGCCCUCCCUGCUGGGAAUCCCUCGUCUUCGUCGGCAACGGCGCCCGCAUCCGCGGUCUCAAGGAAAACAUUCUCCAAACCCUACAAGCCCGCCACCUCAUCUCCCCCUCGAGCGCAACCAUCUUCACCUCCGAACUGCCCUCCAACAUCGGCACACCCACAGCCGGCACGCCCGGUCCAGGAGGGGCUUCGACGCCUAUCGCCAGCGGCCCAGGCGGUGCGCAGUCCGGCUCGCUACUACAAGCCGCCACUUCCGCCGCGGCUGCGAAUGCGAACCUCAGCGUAGGACCCGGCGGUGCUCAGGGAUUCCAGGGAGGGGCGGAGGGAAGCCAGCUGGGUCAGCAUCACUUCCACAGCCAGACGCCGACGAAUAUCAAGUUGGCGCAGCUGCCGACGUAUUUGAGCGAGUGGACCAAGAACGGGUUCGAGGAGGCCAUGUUCCUUGGCGCGCAGGUGGCCGCGAGGAUGGCAUUUUGCAUACAUAAUUUUGAUGCGCAGGGGUUGGAGAUGCAGCGGUAUAUGAGUUUGAGUAGGGUUGAUUAUAAUGAGUUGGGUCCUAAGGGGAUUAGGUUGCAUUCUAUGUUGGGGUGGUAAAGGCGGACUUUGGUUUGCCUUCUGAUGUCUGAAAUCGAAAGAGGAUGAUAUACCAUUGAUUGGGUGGGUGGCCGAGUUGGUGGACAGACAGACAGCUGAUGAUGUUCUUGAAAGGAGGGAGGAUAAGAGAUGUACGAAAUGAAUGGAUGAGGAGGUACUCGUGCUGGC